GAAUAAGCAGAAUUUUUAAAAUAAAAAAUACAUAUUACAUUAAAUUUCGUUUGUAUGUGAAGAACUUGUGUUAUUUAUAGAGUUUGUUGCUUUGGUUAAUAUUGCAGAAUCAUGGCCACUGCCAUCCGAAUGGACAGGGACGCACUUGUCAGAUUCAGUGCUUCGUACAUGUACUAUGUUGAGAAGCACAAGCUGUUGGACAUCAUGAGCCGCAUCCUGGCAGAGGCCACUGUGCAGCAGAUUGAGGAUGUGCGCCGUUGGCUGGGCGAGAACAUACGGCAUAUUGCCCAAGAGAUCUACUCGAAGGCCAUGAAUGCCUUUCAUCUGGGCAUCGAUGCCGACUACUAUCAGCUGCCCAAGAACUUCUAUCAUCGCAUCGUACUGCACGGACGCGUCGGCUCGGGCCGUCGCUCGCUGGCCCAUGUGCUGGCCCAGCGCUGGAAUCUGCUGAUACUGGAUGCCGACACGCUGGCCUAUCAUCACAUCAAUGGACAAGCGCGGGGCAGGAAGGUGCCGCUGCUGCAGGAGGGCAUCGAGAAGCGCUCGGUCUAUAAGAUAUCGGAGGCCAUUGGCAACAUCAUACAGAAGCGUCUGCUGCAGGAGGACGCACUGCAUCGCGGCUGGAUACUGAUCAACUAUCCCAAUAAUAGAUGUGAGGCUCGCGAGCUCUUCGAGACCUUCAGCGUGCCGCCGAAUCGGCUCAUUUUCCUGCAGGUCGACGAGCAGACGGCACGCAUGCGCCUGCUGAUGCGCAAGUACGCGCCCUGCCCGCAGGACAACAUCACCUACAUGGACUACCAGAUGCAGCAGUUUCGCAAGAGCGAGCCCCUGCUCAACACCUAUCUCAGUCAUCGGCGCGAGGUGCUCUAUGUGGAUGCCACCGAGUGCUUCGAGACCGUCAAGUGCUUCAUCAUGUCACAGCUAACCAAGACGCCCUACAUGCUCGGCUACAAGUACGGCGAGAGUAGUCCAAUUGACUAAAUUGUCCCCGGCUCCAAUUACCAGCUCCACUUUCACAUAAAUUAUUGAAUCUGUAUGCGAGCCACAACAAAGUUGCCUCCACAUAAAAAAUAGAAGAGAACGGUAUUCCAUAAUUUCCUAUGUCAGUGCAUUGUUUACUACUCGCUCAAGUGGAUGCUGUGGUUGCUGCUGCUGUUGUUGUUGUUGCUUCUAGAGUCGGGGCGUAAAAUGCUGUGCUUAUCAGCUUUCUUUUGCCUCGACAACAAUUCUCGAACAGCCCUCCGAAAAGCGUAAACAUUUUUCGUUUAGGUAAACAACAAAAAACGAAACGARACGAAAAGAAAGUGAUUUGAAAUUAUUGCUAUUUGAAUUUUCCAUCAUGAAAAAGGAAAACACAACGCGGAAAAA